UGACUAUGGACUAUGAUGGGGAGUUAUUGUUAUAAGUAAUGGAAACACUUAAGGACCGCUGGAGCUACUUAAGUGUAAGAUCACUGCUGCAAAGCAGGGCGUUGUUAUUAUUACUUUCGCUACUAUUUUAGCUAACGUUAGUUUUCAGCAUUGUCUCAUUUGUAUGCUAAUGAAUCGAAAUAAAACUUUGCGGAAUAGCUUGAACAUGGGGUGUCCAAACUUUCUCUCUCUCUCUCACACACACACACACACACACACACACACACACACACACACACACACACACAAUAACAGUUAAAAAAGUAUUAUUAUCUGCUUUAAAGAAUCUUCCAAUGUUCUUUCUGCUGUUGUUCAUGGGAAGUCUUGAAAGGACAGUAAAGACUGAAAGCAAUCCAUCAAGUCAAUUCAUGGCAGGCACGCUCACCCGACAGUACAUUCAUGCAAGUAAUGAAGACAAGUCAAAAGAAAAGUCAAUGAAUUAAUGUGAUCGCUCCUCCCGCAAGCUGAUGACUAAUGGCCAGUGAGCCUUGCAGGCCAGGACAGUGGGGCCAACUCACCCUGGCCGGCGAUGCUCACUGGGGCAUGGGGAAUGGAGCAAGGAGCAAGGAGGAAGUGCCGGCCAUCAUCCUGUGUCUGUCAUCUCUUGCUCAGCUGGUCAGUCUUUUAGAACGAAUCCAUCUAUUGCACUCAUCAGUACAAGCUGUUGGCACUUCUCAAAGACUUGUGUCCAGACAAUGACAUCUUCAGUUUCGCCACACAUUAAAUCCAGAUGCCUCGAGUACCCAGGCUCCAAAAUCAAACGCUUCCCAGUGAGUGAUGCUCAGGUGGACUGGAGUCAGAGCGUCCAGGGGUAUGAUCCAGUCAACUACACCCACCCUACAGUGGCAAAUAAGCCAACAUGGGCAGACCCUGAAAUUGGCACUUUCUCUCCACAGUUCAAUACUGUGGAUGGUGCUGUGGACAGAAGAAGCUUUGAGGGGAGCUACAAAGUGGAAGAUGGAAAGCCACUAAAUCCCCAUGGACGCACAGGGCUGACUGGUAGAGGUUUGCUGGGGCGAUGGGGCCCCAACCAUGCUGCAGAUCCUAUUGUCACAAGAUGGAAAGUAGAUGCUAAAGGAGAAAAGAUUCAUCACCCUGUCUCCAAAAAGCCUAUCCUGCAAUUUGUGUCCAUCAAGAGAAAAGAUUGUGGGGAGUGGGCCAUUCCAGGGGGGAUGGUAGAUCCCGGGGAGCAGGUUUCUCUCACACUUCAGCGUGAGUUUUCGGAAGAGGCGCUGAAUUCGCUGGCAGUGCCACCAUCUGAGAGGGAGAAAAUUCUUGCGCGCAUUAGCCAACUGUUCAAAUCAGCAGGUUUUCAGGUCUUUAAAGGAUAUGUGGAUGACCCAAGAAACACUGACAAUGCUUGGAUGGAGACUGUUGCUGUCAACUUCCAUGAUGAAAAUGGCAACAGUGUGAGCGAGCUGCCUUUGCAAGCUGGCGAUGACGCAGGCCAAGUACAGUGGGUUGAUGUGGACUCGUCCUUCCCACUCUACGCGAGCCAUUCUCAUUUGCUGGAGAUGGUUGCCAAAGAGAGGAAAGCCCACUGGUAGGGCUGAUACAACAAUGAAGAAGCAUUUGUGUGCAGGGAGAUCUUAAAGUGUAUAUUCACAAUGCAAUGCAAGAGCCCACUUACAGUAUGUCUUUCUUGAUGAAUAACAAGCAGCACUGCAUUUGUCUCACUUCUUCCUGUGUGUGCAUUACACACUGUGCAGCAACAUCUGAUCCGGGGGAAGCUUUAAAAUGCGACAACAGACAAGGCCAACAUUAUUUCUGUUGCAGCAAAUUAUGCAAAUAUAUUCAUUGUGUACAAACCAUCACAUUAACCCAAUGUGGUGGUGUAAGAAGCAACACAGUGAACUUGUGAACAUAUUAAUUUCAAUGUUAUGGGGGCAAUCACUGUGAACUUUUGCAGACUGAGCUUUACAUGAGUUUAAAAAUGGCACAGCUUUGCCGUGGAUCCAGGAUGCGUGCACAUUCCACAGCUUGUAUCUGAUUCCCAAUACAAUAAUUUGCAUGAAAACAUGUUUUUCUCCCUCCUUGUUAAAUAAUUGAUGGAGAGGUGUUCUUAAUGCUACAAAAUUAACAGCAUAUCCACAUAGUGCUGCAGGGAAGUGGCUGUAACAAAGUGACAUAUUCUUACAAUAGUGUAUGAAAUUGAUUGCACAGCAGUUCUGCAGGGCUAUGCAAAUUUGAAGAAAUGAACUUGUGAUACUGCUUUGAAGCUUAAUACAGUAUAACAUUGACAUCCAGAUUUUUCCAUCUGUAUGCUCAAAUUGUUAACCUUCCUCUGACAAUGUCCUAAAACUUUACAUUACCUACUUAAAGGGAAAUAAGCGUGUUUACUCAAUGUGUUAUACAACCAAGUCAUUAAUUAUUGCAAUUCUCUGACCAAUGGCUUUGUUAUAGUUGCACCUGAGUUCCAUUAAUCCAUACACCCAUUUUCUAUACUAUUUGACCACAUUAAGUUCACGGAUGAAGGUGAGCUGGAGCAGGAGGUCUUACCAUUAGGCAAACACAGA